GUGGGCUGGAUUUCUCGUCUCCCCUCGUUCAUCCAUUUCAUUUUACUCUUAUCGUGCUUUCCAGAAAGUUUGCCUGCUGGGAGAACCGUUUUGACAAUUUCCCGUGUUGUCAGCUCCAUAGAAUUCAGUUUCUGAGAACCAGCCAGAGGCAUGCAGUGACAUUGCAUAAUCUGCCUCUGAACCGGAGAUAUCAGCUGUGGCGCUCAAAGGAGCUGUUGCACACCACCAACAUGAAGGGAGUGAGCAUCAUGGAUGGUGCGCCCAAGACACUCUUGGCCAGAGCACUUUAUGACAACCACCCUGACUGCUCUGAUGAGCUGGGUUUCUGCAGAGGAGACAUCCUGACUGUUCUGGAACAAAAUGUGCCGGAAAGCGAGGGCUGGUGGAAGUGUUUGCUCCACGGGAGGCAAGGUCUGGCCCCUGCCAACCGCCUCCAAAUCCUCACAGAGGCCCCCACAGACAGGCCCUGUCCCCCUUUCCUGAGAGGCCUGGAAGAAGAUCUCGUCAGCAACGAAGAGACCUACCAGGUGCCCACCCUGCUCCACUCCCCACCUCCAGGCCCCGUAUACGAGCAGAUGAAAAGUUGGGUGGAGGGGCCCCCGCCGCCCACCAUCCAAGUCUAUGAAUUCCCCGACCCACCAGCCAGCGCCAGAAUCGUCUGUGAAAAGACUCUAAGCUUUCCCAAACAGGCCCUCUUCACUAUUCCCAGACCCACUCGGGCUUCAUUGCCAGCUCUGCCUUCCCAGGUGUACGACGUGCCUGUCCAGAGCCGGGGCCCCCCUGCCUUGAAGGAGCCAGAAAAGCAGCAGUUGUAUGACAUCCCCACCCGCCCCCAAAAGGUGGUACUCGGUCCCCCCUCCAGCCAGCCAUGUGGCCAGAGUGUUCCCCUGACAUCAGCGAUUGCCUUAAGGAGAGGCGGCUACAACACGUUACCAAGCCCUCAGAAAUCAGAAUGGAUUUAUGACACUCCGGUGUGUCCAGGAAAAGCUGAUACAAGAAAUGCGUCCCUAACCAGCUUUGUGGAAGAAUCGGGGCCUCAUGCGCACCCCAGGUAUAUGUCCAGUUUUCACAAUCCUCCAAAUAGCAGAGCAAGGUCGCCCACUUUACACCUGCAUAAAAAUGUGCCCAUGCAGAAAAAACUCAGCCUUUCAGAAAUUCCUUCUUACAGCAUUCCAGCCCCCUGGGACACAUUCCCUUUUGAUGAAGGUGUAAGCUACAAGGUUCCUUCAAGCUUUCUGGUUCCCCGAGUGGAACAGCAGAACACCAAGCCAAACAUUUACGACAUCCCUAAAGCCAUGCCAAGUGUCCCUCAGGUUGGGAAAGAGCUGGGAAAAGCCAGUGGGGCUUCAGAGAAUUCCACGAACCAUAAUUCCUCGUGGUUCUCCAGACGGGCCACAUCGCUAUCUCCUGAAUCGAUAAUGGACAGAUUAUCCAUUUCCAGUUCUGACAGCAGAGCUAGUGUCCUUUCUUCAUGCUCUUCUACAUCCACUGACUCUUUUUCUGGCUCCUUCUCUGAGGAGUCAGUAAAGGAGCUCCCCUUGGACCUGGACUUGGCCAAAGAGACCGUAACGACUUUGCAGCACAAAGUGGCCAGCUCUGUCGCAGGCCUGAUGCUCUUUGUAAGUAGGAAGUGGAGGUUCAGAGACUAUCUGGAGGCCAACAUCGACGCAAUCCACAGGGCCGCCGACCGCAUAGAAGAAUCUUUGAGAGAAUUUCUGGAUUUUGCCCACAGAGUCUGUGGGACCACAUGUAAUCUUACCGACAGUAACCUUCAGGCCAGAAUUAAAGAUCAGCUACAGACAAUCUCCAACUCCUACCACGUCCUGCUUGAAACAAAGGAAAGCCUGGAUAGGUGCAGCUGGUCCCUGGAAGUCCUUGUGACUGACAAAGUCCAAAACAGCCUGGAUGACCUUGAGCGAUUUGUCAUGGUGGCGCGGAUAGUUCCAGAAGACAUCAGGAGGUUUGCUUCCAUUGUCAUUGCCAAUGGGAGGCUCCUUUUCAAGCAGAAUUGUGAAAAGGAAGAGACCCUGCAGUUGACACCAAAUGCAGAAUUUAAGCUUGCAGAAUGCAUCCAGCUUCCCCAAAGGGAAGUUGAAUCAUACCAAAGGAGUGCUCCUUUUAAUAAGGAAAGGGACAGUGGACACUCCCCUGAACUAUUAAAGAAAAAUAGGACAAAUGUCUAUGAACAGAAGUUGCCUAACCUAGAAGAAAAAGAAAAAUCCAUCUUGGAACAACGGUUGGAUGAAAACAAAGACUCAGAAACACAGAAUCCUAGCUCCCUUGUCCCCCGACCUUUGAGUCAGCAGAAUCCUGAGAAGAAAAUCCACCUUUCUGAACACUGCCGGCUCUAUUUUGGGGCACUCCUCAAAGCCAUCGGCGUAUUUACCAGCAGCCUCAGCAGCAGCCAGCCCCCGGAGAUCUUUAUCGCGCAGAGCAAGCUGAUCAUCAUGGUGGGGCAGAAGCUGGUGGAUACGCUGUGCACGGAGACCCAGGAGAGGGACGUGCGCAACGAGAUCCUCUGCGGCAGCAGCCACCUUUGCAGCCUGCUCAAGAACCUCGCACUGGCCACCAAGCACGCGGUGCUCAAGUACCCAAGCCCUGCAGCCCUGGGGCACCUCCAGGCCGAGGCCGAGAAGCUGGAGCAACACACGCGGCAAUUCAGAGGGACGUUGGAAUGAGCCUCCUUCCCUCUUUUCUUCUCCCGGUUAACCUCUUAGCUUCAGCCUCACAUCCACAGCCACGGAGGACUCUGUCCUAUGGGAAAAGCCAGACUGGGGACACACCAACGAGCAGAAACAGCCAUGGAGCGCCAAAGCCAGUAUUACCAAGUGGCUAGGCAACCCCAGGGCAUUGACUUAUUCCACAGCGAGUCAGGUCCUUGCCAAGUUUUUUAGCAUAUCAUGUAGGGUCAGUGUAUGAAGUGAGAUUGUAGAAACCAAUUU